AUGUUCAACAUUACGUGGAAUGUGCGUGCGUUCGCACAUUGCCAGUCUCGUGCAACAGAGCAACCAGACAAAAUGGAACUGCACGACAUAUCUGGAGUGUGUUCGACUGAAGGAGCCCCUGAUAGCCUGUCUAUUCAUAUUCAUGGCGACGGCGAUGAAGAUGAAGGAGAACACCGCACCUGUCUGAGGAGAAAUGCUUUACUAAUACUGGUGGUUAUUGGUGUUGUCACAGGGUUCGGACUUGGGUUCGGACUCAGAUCAGCAGACUUAUCAGCCGACGCUCUAAUGUGGUUGGGUUUACCAGGAGAAAUGUUCAUGAACUUGCUUAAAAUGACCAUAAUACCUCUCAUCGCAGGCAGCAUUAUAGCAGGUACAGCAACAUCUGAUCCCAAAUCCAACGGUCGAAUCAGCAUCCUCUCUAUAACUUUCAUCGUGAUGGCCAACUUGUUUGGUGCUAUUAUGGGAAUCUUGGCCUUCUCCACUUUAAGUUUGGGUGGCGACACCAUCAGCCCAAAUGUGCAGAGUAGGUCCAGUCCAGAUUCUCAACACCUACAAACACAGGAUAUGUUCGCCGACUUACUACGAAAUAUCAUACCGGAUAACAUUAUUACUACGACCUUUCAAAAAGCCCAGACCCGAUACACUAGUACAGUCUCUGUGGCGGAAAAUAACGGGAAAAACGUCACAGUACAGGUCUUUGUUCGUCAUGUGGGAGUGGCCAACAGCACAAAUGUAUUAGGAGUGAUCCUGAUCUCGGCUGUGGUUGGGUUGGCCGCCAGCACCGUAAAGGAAUCAUCCACUAACUUUGUUCCAUUCUUCCAGGCCACAUCCAAUAUCUUCAACCGAAUCAUGAGGUGGUUUGUUUGGUCAACCCCUGUGGGCGUGGCCAGUAUGAUUUGUGUAUCUAUACUCCGGGUGGAGAGCUUAGAGGACACGUUUAGAAGCCUUGGCAUGUACCUCAUCACUUUCACAGUAGGGAACCUCAUACAACAGCUCUUGCUCAUACCCUCCAUCUACUUCUUGGCAAUACGGAAGAACCCUUUUACAUUCCUCCUGAGUACAGCACGGACCUGGAUGACAGUAUUCGGUCCUUCCAGCUCUUUAGUGGGUAUGCCUGAAAUAAUCACAGUCUGCGAGGAAGCCCAUCACGUUGACAAGCGAGUGUCCAGCUUUGUCAUUCCAUUCAGCGUCACACUGUGUAGAGCCGGAAGCAGUUAUUUCAUCAGUCUUUCUGCAUUGUUUAUCAUCUCUAUGAACGGGCAAUAUCCUUCCGUUUCUGAAGUCAUAAUGAUUGGGAUCCUUACAACACUAGGUUCACUGGCUAUUCCUUCCAUUCCAAGCGCUUCAAUAGUAACAAUCAUCAUAAUCUUAUCCUCACUCAGCAUUGACACAACGUCUGUGGGAGUAUUGAUGGCAUUGGAAUGGUACACAGAUCGGAUGCGGGCGACAUGUAAUAUGUUGCAUAUGGUAACGUGUACUAUCGUGGUGGACAAACUGUGUUCUCCACAGCUACUGUGACGUGAACCGAUCAGAAAGGAUAAUCUUAUAUUAACUGAUAUUUUGUAUUAAUGUAACAAACGAAAUUAAAAAGACUAGAUUAUCAUA